GCAGGGUUAGAGACACAACAGUCCUUCACACACCAAACAAAUAUGAAAAAGGAAUAAUCUCAUCAUAAUUAAUCACCAAAUUACUAGUACGAAACUCUAGUACUCCAGUAUGAUGGCUCGGCCCCUCAAUUUUAAAUCCUGGACGGUUCGUCAUUGCAUCCGUCAGGUAUUUCGAAUUCCACUAUAAAUGUGUGAUGAGAAAAAAACAUUAUGCGAAGAAUAAAAUAUCUGAAGUUGAAUGCAAUCAGUGGUGAUGGCGACUGAACCAGUACUCAAGGUAGCUGCUCUCUGCGGUUCCCUCCGUGAAGCUUCCUUUCAUCGCGGUCUCCUCCAUGCCGCUAUGGAGAUAUGUAAGGAUUCUAUCAAGGGAAUGGAGAUUGAGUACGUUGACAUAACAUCAUUGCCGUUUAUGAACGAGGACCUUGAGGUGAAUGGAAUUUAUCCCCCUGCUGUGGAGGCAUUUCGUAAGAAAAUUGAAGAGGCUGAUUGUUACCUUUUUGCUUCUCCUGAGUACAAUUACUCCGUCACAGGACCUUUGAAAAAUGCAAUUGAUUGGGCAUCUCGACCUCCUAACGUUUGGGCUGAUAAAGUGGCAGCAAUCGUGAGUGCUGGAGGUAAUUUUGGUGGAGGACGAUCACACUAUCACCUUCGACAGAUUGGAAUCUUCAUUGAUCUUCAUUUCAUUAACAAGCCUGAGCUUUUCGUGUAUGCAUUCGAGUCACCACCGAAGUUUGACAGCAACGGUGUGCUGACAGAUGAAGAAAUCAAGUCGAGACUCAGAGCAGUUCUUUUGGCUUUACAGGCAUUUGCAUUGAGACUCAAACGCAAGUGUGAAUAGCUUCUCCCAGUGAAUGUGGUCAUUUUCUCAUCCAAUAUGGGAUGAUGAAAAUUGUCUCCAGUCAAAUAGUUAUUUAUCUUCUAUUUUUGACAAGUUGGUCCUAUUUUGCCAAGACAUUUGUCUUUGAUAAGAAACCAUAGAGGUCCUACACUUGAAGUACAAAAGUAAUUGUUUUGUGCUACCUAAUAUUUCUUGUUUUUAUAUUAGUGUUUUUUUUUUUUUUUUUUUUCUUGAGUGGGAUGUAUCGAAAACACUCUUUCUUUUUUUACCUCUAGGGUGUAGAUAUUGAUUGCGUAUUCUGCCCUUUUUAAAUCCUACUUUGUGCAAGUGGAGGUAUUGAUUGCAUAUAUUCUGUCCUUUUCAGACCUACUUUGUGCAAAUACAAUGAGUAAAUUGUUGUAUUUGUUUUUAUUGAAA